GAAGAUGACACGUCCUUGCAAGACCGCCCGUGCGACGCCCGACGGGCUCCUCCAGCCCGGUCUCAUCGAGGCGAUUGCGCGCUUCGUGCCGUCGGCCGACGACUUUGGCAACUUUCUUGGCGCAUUUCCAGAGGAGCUCUGGACGCCGGCGCUGACCGCGCUCAUGGCUCUCUGCGAGUCCCGCCACGAAGAGCUUCGGGUAUACUGGCCGAGCAUCGAGCUCGACGACACGGACCUACCGCCCGAGCUGCUGGACCUGCUGCGCAGCGUUGCAUCGCUGCGUCUACCUCUUCACAUUAUCGGUACCGUGCGUUGUCUGCAGGGACUCCCCGCGCUCGUCGCAGCCGCUGGUCCACUCAUCACCACCCUCAUGGUCGAGUUCGAGGCCGAAAUGCUGAGCACCGGCGACGGCCAAGCGAUUGCCGACCUCAUAUUGCAGUGCUCAUCGCUGCGCACGCUCGACGUCUCGGUCAUGUCGGACGUUCAGAACGACAACGAGGUCUCCGAACUCCCGGCGCUGCUGCAAGCGAUCCCGCACCCGGCCGUGCGCAAGCUGGCCCUGCACUUGCAUCAAGCGCGUGCCGUGCCUCAAGCUGGACGCCUCGUCGCGCAGUGGCUGCGCACAGUGCCGGGCGAAGAGCUCGUCUUUUCUCGCGCGCCGGGCAUGGACUUGGACGAUGUGCCGUCGCUCUGCGACGCGUUCCAAGCCAACUCGACGCUCACCAAGAUCGCAGUGCAUGACGUGCCUGGCCUCGAUGGCUUCCACGGUCGCCGACUUCCGCGCACGUUGCGCGACUUUUCGUGGAACGUUUUUAAGAGUCGGCUCGACGACCCGCCCGCGCCGACGGACGCCAUUCUGGACGACCUCGCACAUGCCCUCGAGCACACCAAGCUCGAAAAGCUCGGCUGCAACUACAUUGGGAACCUCCGCUGGCGUCUGCCUGCGUGGACGCUCGUCGAUCACGUGCGCUCGAUCGACUGCUUUAUCCUCGACGAAGCCCACAUGGCGGAGCUCUGCGUCGUCCUCCCAACGCUCCCGGCGCUCGCCUCCAUCUCGGUGCGGACGACUGUGCCGAGCACAGCGAUGCUCACGCUCCUUUGCCGGACUCUGACGCGCUGCCACGUCACGAAGCUGGACAUCUCGUGCCCUUCGUUUGACCGCGAAGCCCUCAAGGUCGUGCUGGCUGCGGUGCCCGAUCUCCCCACGCUGCAGUCGGUCCACGCGGCUUCGGAUCUCUGGACCAACCUCGAUCUGUUCUACUGCUGCAGAGAGCUCGUUGCUGCGGGGCGCCACCUCAAGGAGCUGACACUCGACGAAAACGUCACGUACGGACCUGACGAGGACACAACCAACUACGAUGCCGUGCUCCGGAUGCUCUCGCUUGUCGCGAACCCGCCUUUUGUCGUCCGCAACCUGCCCGAGCAUAUUGAAGGCGACGUUGCCGAGGCGCUCUCGCAGUCGAAGGAUUCGCCUGGUCGCUGCACCCUCUGCUUGCGACUUGCGUCGUAGAAGUGCACUUCAUUCUCCUGUCAGCAAUGAACCACAUGUAGCAU